UUCUUCAGUUGUUUUCUGGUAGCGCCGUGCGUGGGACGUCUUCGCUUUUUUAACGUUUCCCGCGUAAAUUUACGUGUACGAAAAAUAUUGAUAACAUUCUCCUCUGAAUAUUAACAUUAUCGUGAACAUACAUGCAAAGUGUGACAAUUUUAGUGUAUAAUUUGCUCGUGCCGGCUUUUUGUGGUCUUUUUUGACUAUUUUAGUUUGUGGAAGGAUUUUUGUGCUACCAUUGAAAUAAACGUAUAUGUGAAAACGGUGAAACGUAAAUGUCCCCGUACCAAGUGAUUGUGUGAUCGUGGAUGAGGUAACAGCUACCGAGCUGGCGUGGUACGGGGCCGGUGGGGGCGCCAUGCAGGCGGGGGGCGGCUGGUUCGUCCCGUGGACUAUGGGUGUGCAGAAGUUUGCAGUGGCGUUGCCCAUGGGCGGCGUAAUGCCACUGGUGCCACCGUUGCUGGCCGCCUUGCCCCAGGCGCCUCCGCCUUUGCGCCUUAUGGCGCCUCUGCCCCAUACGCAGUCUGGCAGAAAGGGUGAAAAAGACAACGGCAAGAAUUGUAUAUUAUCGUGCGAGAAAAGAAAAGCCGACGAUGCGGACAUUAACAAAGAUCUCAAAAAGGCAAAACUAGAGACAAAAGCAUUAAAGGCAAAGAGACCUGGUUUUACAGACGACAGAUACAAUGAAACAUCUUACUAUAUUGAAAAUGGACUCAGGAAAGUGUACCCAUAUUACUUCACAUUUACCACCUUCACAAAAGGCAGAUGGGUCGGCGAGAAAAUUCUCGAUGUCUUCGCGAGGGAAUUCAGGGCGCAUCCCGCGGCCGAAUACGAAAGGUGCAUCAGAGCUGGCACCCUCACGGUCAACUAUGAAAGAGUCGACCCAGAUUACAGACUCAAACACAACGACCUUCUCGCUAACGUUGUCCAUAGGCACGAAGUACCAGUGACGAGCCAACCCAUCACCCUCGUACAUAUCGACGAGGACAUAGUGGUUGUCAACAAACCAGCCUCUAUUCCCGUUCACCCAUGUGGCCGGUAUAGGCACAACACAGUGGUAUUUAUCCUUGCUAAGGAGUACAACUUGAAGAACUUGAGGACCAUUCACAGACUGGACAGGCUCACGUCAGGUCUCUUGCUAUUCGGCCGUAGUCCAAAGAAGGCAAGACAGAUGGAACAUCAGAUUAGGAAUCGGCAGGUGCAGAAGGAAUACGUAUGCAGGGUAGACGGUGAAUUUCUUGAAGAAGAGAUUGAAUGCACAGAACCAAUAGAAGUGGUAAGCUACAAGAUAGGUGUAUGCAAGGUGUCGCCGAAGGGCAAAGACUGUUCUACCACGUUUAAGAGGCUUGGUUACAAUCCUCGCACCAACACCAGUGUAGUGCUGUGCCGGCCUAAGACAGGAAGAAUGCAUCAGAUCAGAGUACACCUUCAAUUUUUGGGUUACCCAGUAGUUAACGAUCCGUUAUACAAUCAUUCUGUAUUUGGACCGCUACGGGGCAAAGGCGGUGAUACGGGAGGCAAGUCUGAUGAGGAGUUAGUGAGAGAUCUGAUUGCCAUACACAACGCUGAAAACUGGCUCGGCGUGGACGCUGCUGAUGAUGACAUGCUCUUUUCUAAGCCUCCUACUGAUGAUAAAGUCGGCGAAGAUGAAUGUGAUACAGGACCAGCUUCACGAGAGUCUUCACCAAGGUUGGAAUCGCCGGCUCCUGGGAUAACCCCAUCUACAGUCAUGACGCCGACUCUAGCCAGUCCGUCCAGUGCGUCGGAGGCACCGGUUGAAGAGAUGUGCAACAUUGCUCAUUCGCCAGUUCUAUGCAACGACGACUCUAGUGACGCGAAGUCGGACAAAGUAACUGUAGCGACACAGACGGGAUGCAGUGCUCCUGGGGUGCCCCCUCAGGCUCCGAGUGGGUCAAACGGGUCUAGUCCUUCAGACGCGUUGACAGCUGAUCCUCAUUGCUACGAGUGCAGGGUGCGCUAUCGGGACCCACGUCCUAGAGACCUCAUUAUGUAUCUGCAUGCCUGGAAGUAUAAGGGACCAGGUUGGGAAUACGAGACGGAACUUCCACAGUGGGCUGACGUUGAAUGGGAGGAAGCGGAUAGUUCAUAGUUACAGCAAAUUGUACCACUGGGGACGCUUCUUGCGGCUUUGCGGGUGUAAAGUGUAAUAUUUGCAUGGCAUUAAUCUUACAUUGUUAAUGGCAGCAAAGUUGAUCGUUGAUAACAUUUAUUGUUGAUUUUAAUUGAUCAUUAUUAAUUGAUAGAUCGUUGAUAGGUAAAAAUGAUAAUUGUUGUGGUAUUACAAAUAUGACAAUAAAAUAGACGUAUUCUGGUCAUUUCUCCUCUUCUGACACAUAUUGUAAUCUUGGAUUUAUUUGAUUUAAAAAACAAGUUGGGUAUAAAUAUUAAAAAGAUUUUGCCAUGUAAACAACUUUGUAGUCGCGGGUUGCGACCCUAGUGGAAAGAUGAAAAAUCAUCGUGGCUGUUAUAACUUAUCCAGAUAAGUUUUAUAAUUAAUUUAAGGUAGACGUAAGUUUUUUGAUGACAGUUGCAAUUAUGCAAAUUCUUUUGUGUGUAGAGUUUAUUUUAAAAUGAAAAUUUUACUAAAAGUACCUACCUACUUACAUUUUAUGGAGGGUAGCCUUAAAAAUAUUUCUUCUUCAAUUAUUAUUAGAAGUUUUUUUAGUUCCUAUCGGCCUAUGUUUCAAGCUUUUGUAGAUAUUGUAAAAAUAUCAGUAAUUAAUCGCUUUAAUAUAGCAGGGUCUUAUAAAUAUCAUCUCAUAAUUAUUUCACUGUAUUAUUUGGCAUAUUAUAAAAUUGUAAAUCUGGACCAGGUAAAUUUUCUUAAACAGUUAAAACUAGCGUUUAAAUAAAGUAUAAUAGUAUAUAGAGCCACGUUAGGAAAAUUAUAAAAAACAGCGCAGUGAUGUCUGCGCUGUGAAUUAUAACUGUUAUUCAUCACUGUUAAAAUAGCAUGUUAUAUUUCAUAUAAUUUUUCACUUGUCUUGUAACCUUAGCGUGGCUCCUGAUGUAGGCAAAUCAUUAAUAUAAUAUUAAAAUUUUGACGUUUUGGCUUCCAUAGUGUAGUUUGUAAAUAAAUUAUAAUUUCAUUUUCCGCAUAAUACAUGCAUUUAUUUAAAAAAAAUACCAAAGUAAGGAGGUUCUAAUCUCCAAAGAUUAAAAUGCCAGAUAGUCCAUAGAAGCAGCACAUUUAAAGACAUUAAGUUUUUUCAUAAGUUUGCGUGUUUUGUCGACAGCUUAAUGGAUUCUGAAGGACUAGAACGUUUGAGUCGUCGACUUUUAGAAAUAGGAAUCAAUUUAGUUAAGUUUUUUGGAUUGUUCGUAAACGUAGAUUCAUGUAACAUUAGCAAGUAUUAAAAUAAAAGACAAUUCUUACUGUAACUUUGAUAAAAAAAAUAUUUUCACGAGCUUUCUAUAAAUUAAUUCUAUGGAAAUAUAUAUUUUUCGUACUUUUAGUGUAGAAAUAGCGCUUUAUCGUACCUAUUGUUUUGUUAUAUUUCUGUAGUGCUUUCAAGUAUCCAGUUUAUAUGCGAAAGAGUACCCUACCUUAAACUAACUUUGAUUUGCUUUACCUGACAUUUGACAUAUUCAUAAUAAACAAGUAUGACCAUCAUCUUAGUUAAAAUCACACUGCAGUAAUUGACACAUACAUUGUCCACAGAAUAUAAACAAGAUCGUACUUGUGUAAUUUCGUAUUGAAUCAAGUUCUAUACCUACUUGCGCUGCCUACAUUACACUUCAGCCUUUAUUCAUCACUAAGCAAUUAAUUAAAUGUGCAAAUGGCUACGCAAUGUAAGAUGAAUUUGGUGAAAUACCUGCGAAAAUCGUUUGUUAGGUUUAAGGUGGGUUAUUAAUGGUUGAACUUUAUCGAUGCUGUAAAUGUGCAAGUAGUUUGUUAGCGACCGAUAAUCUGUUUUGGGAUCAACUCUUAUUGGUAAGAUUUUUUAUAGUUAUCGGAAACAUCGUCUUAUUUUCUUCUAGUAGUCGCUGAUUGUCACACACGGAUUGGUUAAUUUGCUUAGAUAUGAAUUUGGUGUAUAGCAAAAUUUUAUAAAUGUGCUUAGAACAAAAUGUAAUGAAUUAAUAAUAUGUAAUUAAUUUUGUUAUUUGUUUCGUGAUAAUAAAGGAACGAGGGCGUUUAUACGUCAAAUUAUCAACAGAUUUUUCGAAGCGUAUUUAUCACAAGCUAAAAUAUUUAAUAUUAAAUGGUAUACAAUGGCAUAUCACCCAAUAAAGCCUAUUUCUAUAUGUCGUAGGCUUGCAUAUUGUUGUAUUUUUAUAGUAUAUAAGUAUUUGUUUAUGUGUAAAGCUCGCAUACGUUUCUUUUUUACAUCAUUUGGAGCUUUGAGCGGUUUAUUUAUUUGUAAGAAAUUUUCAUGUGCCUUCAAAAUAAUGAAAAAGUUGAUAUUGAUAAAAUUGUAAACGUUUUUCCGAUUUUUUAUUAGGAUAGGUUUGGAAAAAGCUAGGGUUGUUCAAUUGGCACAACCCUAUCUCGAUAUAGGCACAAUUUUGCACAUUUUCUUCAUUUGCGUUGUUGUUAAUUGCCGAUUAGUGCCAUAAUGGCUAAAUAAGUCACUUUUACGGUUGCAUAAUUUUCGCAGAACUUACAAAGU